AGUUUCAACGCCGAGUUUGUUCAUUGUCGUACGGAUCGAGUCAGGGCUGAAAGUUACGCAGUCUCGCAGCAUCGACGAACUCUGAGAGAAUUUCGUUUACUGGCACGUGUUACUGGGAUUUGCGGGAUGAUUUCGGAGAUUGAUUAUUGUUGUUGCUGGUGGCGGUUUUGUGGUUUUUGGAUUGUUUUUGUUGGAGGGUUCGACAAGUGAAGUAUAAAGCUGACUGUUAUUAGAUUGAACCUGCUAUGCUGACAUGAAGUUCGUUCUUGAUUAAGGUGGUGGGAAAUAGAAAGACAAUCCUAACGUCACGAAAUAACAGUUAACUGAAUAAAGAGGAACCAUCGGAAGAACAUCGGACAAACUCUCAGCUCAUGUUGUUUCUACAAGAAAACAAAGAAAACUCUGCUCCUAUUCUGUGAAUGCGGAUAUGGAACUUGAAUUGACUAUACUAAAAACCAUUGAAGAUGGCGUUAUUGAAAGGGAAUAACAGCAACAAUCAUCUAAAUCAAGUGAUGGAUGGACCAAGUUGGUCUAGUCCUUCGGCAAGCCCUUCACCACCACCUCCUCCUCUACCCCCACCGGUAGCAACUCGCUGGGCACGAACUGAGCAGGUUAUCAAUGAUCCAUGUCCGCAUUGUAGAGGCCGACUAGCAUCGCUUCCAACUAGAACAACUUCUCUUAGUAGUUAUACUUACAAAGAUAGAAAUACACCCAUUCAUCGACCACCUGAUGAUGAAGAUUCCUUCCCAGUUAUACACGAACGGGAGCUACAUUCCCUGCAUCGAAAUAUACCUGCUUUACGAAGAAGGGACGUCGAUACAGCGACUAUAAAACAACAUUAUUACCCUGAAGGUGGUUGGGGAUGGUUAGUUUGUGGAGCUGCUUUUUUAGCCCAUCUUCUUACCUCAGGAAUUCAAUUAUCAUACGGUUUGUUAUAUCUCUAUACUAUGAAAUUCCUCCUUAAGAAUGUCCAAGACGAAGAGCUGUAUAUUAUGGGAGCAGCUUGGAUGGGAGCAUUGUGUCUGUGUAUCUCUUUUGCAACCUCGCCGUUAAUAGUAGCAAUUUGUAGAAGAAAAUCGGCUCGAUUAGCAGCACUUCUAGGAGGUCUGGUCAUUUCUUUGGCGUGUUUAUUCACCUCUUUCGCUGUGCAAUUUCAUCAGGCUCUUCUGAGUUAUGGACUUGUUCUGGGAAUUGGAGCAGGUGUCGUGAGGGAAGCAUCGACUAUCGUUUUAGGUCAUUACUUCAAAAGACGGAGAGAGUUUGUAGAAAUGGUAGCGCAAUCAGGUGCCGGAGUAGGAAUAGCUUUAUUUUCAGUUCUUUACAAAGAAGCCGUUGGGAAAUUGGGUUGGCGUUUGGGUCUUCAAUCGGUAACUGGUCUUUUAUCGCUAGCAUUUUUUCUCCCAAUAGUAUAUAGAUCUGCAAAUUUGUAUCAUCCACAAAGAAGAGCUAUUACACAUUUGAAGAACCAAAGAAAGAAAAUGAAAGAGAAGAAGUCUCAUACCAAAAUACCAAAACCACCAAUGUUCGAUUUUAGUCCAUUAAAAAGUAAGGGCCUCAGGGUUCUAAUGAUUGCUUGUGCCUUUGCAGCAUUAGGAAUUUAUGCUCCUAUUUUUUACCUAGUAUAUCAAGGAUAUAAAGAAGGUCUUGAAGAUAACGGUCUGGUUGUGUUACAAACUUUUAUGGGCUUUGCAACUGCAUUAGGUUGUGUUGGUUUUGGUUUUGUGAUAAUCAAACCAAGUACACAAUGUUUAAUUUCAAGACAAUACCUGUGCCAAACAGCUAUGGUUGGAAUAGGAAUUUCACUUCUGGCGUUAAGCGCUGUCCAGGGAUACCAUGGUUACGUACUAUUUGUAUGGAUGUAUGGAAUCUGCCUCGGGGGCUACAACUACGCGUUGAAGAUGUUUACGUUAGAACGAAUAAAAGGAAGACAUUUCACCAAAGCCUGGAGUUUUAUUCAAGGUGCUAAAGCGUUACCAGUAUUAGUAGGAAUACCAAUUACAGGAUAUAUCAACCAAGCUCAUCCUAAAGCUGGUUAUUAUUUCAGCUUUGUAACAACUAUUAUUGGUGCAAGUUUGAUGUUCCUUGUAGGUACUCGGAAAGACCAUCACCCUAUAGUAAACAGUAACUCAAACAACUGUAAUCUCAAUAAUUGUACGAUAGCAAACUUAAACGACUGCGUUUGUACUAUAGGUCCUUACAAUCCCAUCUAUACGCCAGACAUCAACCCUUACAACUUCUACCGACACGGAAGUAAUCAUUAUGAGCGAAUAUUUUCGAAUUGUUCGGAUCACUUCGAUAAAUCUGUAUAUAGACAUUCAUUUAGACAACGAAGAGAUCCUCAUAUCCAAUAUUUACCAAAAAGUCUAAGCUAUGCUGCCAAUAUAAAUCAUUCUCCUCACUAUGCUCCUAAUGCUUGUAAUAAACAAGAAUGUAUCAGAUACGCUUCUUUGCCGAGAAUGAAGAAGAACGUAUUACGACCUAGUAAAAGCGUGCCGGAAGGUCUGGCGAGGUGUGAAUAUUACAGAACGUGUAGAAGGCCAAUUGUUAGAAAUGUUCAAGUGAUAGAACAAAUUACGACCUCCGUGUAAAUUAUAUGAGACAAAGUAUUUUUAAUUAACCAUUAAUGAGUGCCUUAUGACUUAUUUUUUGUUGUGAAGAAUAUUUUUACCUUAGUAAUUCAAGUAACUUUCUGAAUGAAACACAGGUUUAUUGAUAAAAAAUCAUUUUAUUUCCCAAGGAACUCUCCUUCAAAAACCAUAUUCGUUGUUAACGUUUUUCCAAUUUGUUUAUCGAUUGCAGAAAAUAAAGUUGCUCAAGGUCAUCAAUAACAAUUAUUUAUAACAUGACUCCAAAUCCAAUCGAAUAUUCAAAUAUACUUCUGGCAUACUAUUUCUUUAGUUUUUAAAACAAUAAAUAGUCACAGUGGACUAAAUCCGACGAAUAGCAAUUCAUAUGCUAUUCAUUGAUUUUUCUUGUGCUGUGUGCACCCUCGCAUUUUACUAGAACAAAACAACUUCUUGCUUGAUCCUUAAUUUUUUUUAAAUCUUUAUUAAAUAAGUCUUUCUGUUUGGUGUUGCUUGGUUUACCCGAUUUGGGUAUAAAGACAACCCUUACUUCCCUCCACCUUCUCGGAACAUGUCCGAUUUCAAUAAGCACUUCCAUUAUCUCACCCAAAUCCUUCUGCAGCAUGAUCGGCAGGAUCUCGUCCGUUCCUCCAGACUUAUAUAGGCCGAACGAGCCCACCGCCCACGCUACCCUCUCCUUGAUGAUUGCUCUUCUAAUCAACUCCUCAUUGUGUUCUGGAAUCGUUUCCCUUUGCGUCUUUGGCAUUUGGUUUUCGAUAUCCUGGCAUCGCGGAAGUGAGUUCCCAUCAGUAGCUCCAGUGUUUCACUGCAAACUAGCUUUAUAAGCUUGCCAAAGGCUAUCAUCUUCUUUGUUUCGCUUUGCCAUAUUGUACAGCCUUGGACAAGAUUUCCUAAAAGCUUUGAAUAAUAUGUCACUUAGUGUGCCGACCGUUUCUUCGAGCUUCUCAAUUGAUAGCUGUACGGGUCUCGAGUCCCGUCUGAUUCUCGUCUACCCGAUUUUCUUCCCCACGAUCUCUACCAUUCCCGUCCAGUCGGUUUUCCGAGGAUUCCUGAAGGGUUCGUGGUUGAUUUCGAACGAUAUUCUCUUAAUGAAAAUAUUCCUGGACCAAAACUCCAUUUCCAGUUUCAAGUACACAAAUAAAGAAUAGUGUAAGUGUGAUUGUUAGUGUUGGUGUAGCGGUAGUGAAACAAUGUGUUCAGUAUAAAUAUCGCCAACUUAUUUCAAGAAUAUUUUCGCAGCUUUCGUAUCUCCUCAAAAUCUUCAGUUCACGAAUUAACCACAUUAACCUCACGUACCUGCGUUAUUUCUAUCCAAAUUAAUUUUCUCAUAGUUUGAUUCCUAUAAAAUUUGUUUUCUUACUCAAAUGAACAAAGGUGGUCUCUAACAUAAUUCUCAUUAACAAUUCCAUAAUAAAUAAUUUAAAGGCAAGAUGUUGAGUAGUACUUAUUUGAUACAACUGGACCUGCCGGACGCCAUGUGAUGAAAAUAUAAAAGUAAGAGAUCUCCAUCGCUUUUCUUUGAUUCAGGUUGCAUCGCAUUGCAUUGAAUUUGAUAUUAAUUGAUAAAUAAUUUACCUCCUGAUUCUCAUGCGAACUAAAAAUGGCAGGUAUCAGUAUUAUAAAUGUUAUUUGUGAUCUAUUACAUUGUCAAUUAACAUCCUUUUAUAAUAUUAUGACAAAUGAAAAAUGUUGAAAAGUCAAUAUCGAAUAUUCACAAUUUGCACAAAGAUAUUGGACUGUGUAUUCAUUUCAAAAGAUGCAGAGAAUAAGUCAUAUGUUUCUCACGAUUUUAGGUGCUAUUAGUUCUAGUCAUUAGAAUAAUGAAUAUUUUUUAAAAGACAUUCAAUUUGUUAUAAAUAAAAUAUAUAAUUUAUACUGUAUAAAUCAUUACAAGUAUUCAAAUUUAUCCGCCAAAUCUUGAUAACAAAGUAAAGUGGAAAACUGUAAUCCGUAUUUUUAUUAAAAUAUACACAAAAAGGAAAGCAAUAAAUUUGGAACUAUUUUAUUCAUUCACAAACACUACCCCUAUGGUAAAGUCAUAUUGUAUCAACUUGUAAGGCUAGUAUAUUAUACGAUUUGUCUAAAAAGUUUCCAACCUUAUAAAAAAAACGACAUUAUUUUCUAUAAUCAUCGGCGAUCCCCAAUGUGUAAUCAGGUGCCUUGUUCUGAUGGGAAAACAUUUUUUAUUUCCCUAAAUGCGCCCGCUUCUUUGCAAUUUUUUUCUUUACAUUCUCAAGCGUAAUAUUCUUCUAUUAUUCAUUCACUAUUACAGGAGUGUAGUAGUGUAGUCAGUAUAUGGCAAAUGCAUUCUUUUGAUCUCCAAUAGCCUCUUCAAUCUCUCUAACCCCUAUUUAAAGAUUAUCGAAUAUCAUUUGGAGAAUGAUUUUCGAUGAUAUCGAAAGUUGCCACAGUUUUUAGCGGUGCCUAAUGCUCGUCGUCAGUAAAGCAAACAUUUGAAUUCAGCUGUCCAAAAUUUUUCGGUUGUAAAUGAUAUUACAAACUCUCCGUACACAGUGUCCAACUCUUCUUCCAUUAACGUACGUGUAUUGCUAUUCAAAAUGAAAUAUUUAAUAACAGAUCGUUGUUGAAUUUUUCCAUUAUCAAAAAAAUCUUCUCAAUCUCUCAUAUGGUUGUAAAAUGGACACCAAGCUUCUAAAACGAUUGAAAUUUCAGUGAGAAAUGCUCAGUGCACGCAAAAAUAUAUUUCCGAACUUAUACGAAGGUUGUUACUACAACACUGAUUUGAAUAUGGAAAAUCAGUGACGAAUCAUGGAUUUAUACAUAUGAACCCAAAA